AUGUUGAGUUCACGACCUGCUCAGCUCUCCACAGAUGCCCCCUACUUCCCAACGAAGACCCCUGGUUGCGGUUUGAAGAAUCGCGCUGAAAACGCCAUCCAUCCUGGCGCGAAAACGGUUCUGGGAGGGGGGAAGCAUCUGGGAACACCGUUGACGAUUCAGCCCCAGCGUCUUUUCAAAGACUCAACGGUGACGAAAACCCAAUUGAAACCCACUGUACUCGCCACCCGGCCUUUGGCGGAUAAGACGCCAUUUGUAAACCGCGCCAGAACCUAUUUCAACACCCCGCUCGGGAAAGGGGGAAAGUUAUUCCCGCAAGAAGAAGACGGUAUUGGCAAUGGCACACCCGACUCUCUACAACGACCAAGUUCGACGCGGAAGCAUGUUCGUGCACCCCGCAGUGCCACCAAGAGUUUCGAAACGCCUAUGAAUCAAGGCAAACAUUGGGAUGUUAGCGAUGGAGACAUUGUGGUUCCUGUGUCGCAGCCUCAAGAAAUUUUAGAAGACGAGGAUUUUGAUGAGAUUGAGUACAUGCCUCCGAAUACCCUAGACCUUCCGUACAAGCCACCCAUCGAUUUCGAGCUACCCGAUUAUAAGGUUGUUGGACAAACAUUGCGGAAUCUCGCAUACUCUGUCCCUUUCGACCCUGUGUCGUUUGACUUGGAGAUUCCAGAGACCAACUUGGAACCAGCCUCUAGCAAUUUGCCGGAGCUUGAUUUUCUAGACGAUGAUGAUCCCUUCAGCCAAUCAAAACCCUCAAAGCCAGUGGCAGCCAAGCCUAUGCCUUCCAAAGUCGCCGCACGGCCAGUUCCCGUUCUAAAGCCCAUGCAUGCCCGUAUCCCAUCAGCUGCCUUUACCACAAUUGCCGGUCCGACGCUCAGUCGAGCUGCAACAUCUACUUCAAUGAGGACAACCACUGCAUCGAAAGUCGGCCCUUCUCGACCAACUACAAAGUUAGCGAAUCCAACGACUAGGACCACACCUGCUGUCAUCUCUAAGCCCAUCGUGCGUCCUGUUUCCACCAGGAACCCUGCAGCCACUACUGCCGCCGUUGCCUCGAGCCCUAGAGCAGCCACCCUAAAACGACCGCUUACAUCUAUGACCACCUAUAAAUCUACCGCCACUGGAACGGCACGACCUCCAGGCAAAGCAGGCAUUACGAAGCCCGCUUUGGAAUCGGCGUCGAUCGUCAAGCCCGCCACUUUCGAAUUGGACCAAGAGGACUUUUUGUUUGACGUAUAG